AUGCCCGCUUUACAAGUGCUACCGAACGAAUGCCUGGGAAAUGAAAAGGAAGGGCUCGAUUGCCACGGCUUCGGUUCGCGACUCGCUGGACGGUUGGAGCAACAGGGCCAUCCUUGCAUGCCGAAUGGUCCACUCGCCUGCGUUGGUCUUCGGACCUACAAAUUUCCGCUCAAGGCCGUUUGCUCGACUGCGCUGGCUGAACAUACGCCAGGUGGCGCUAUUCACUAUCCAUGGGAGAAUAUCCGCCGCUCGACAAACGCUUCGACGGCAAGUUCGCGAUCCCAAUUCCCUCAAGGCACAAAUCCGAGACCAGCAUUAAUUGCAUCCAGCAAAGAUUCCGGCGUAAUCAUACAUACACACCGAUUGCUCGGGCUUGCAUAA